GGUGGGAACCAGAUGGGGAUGCAGAUUGAUAAGGAUGAUGACACUUCCAUUAGCGUUCCAGAUAUGCAAAUACACAUCUUAGCGAACGCUGACAUGUCCAUCAGGGUCUAUUUCAUACACCCCCAGCCCAAUAACGCACCCUGUUUUGUCCACUGGGUGGAUAUUUUUUUUUUGAAAGUAAACCGGACUCACAAUUUGGUAUGCGUGCUUUAAACAGUUGUGUUGUAUACACACACACACAUGUGUGGAUCUGAGUGUGUGUCCAUAAUGUAUCAGGAGGGCCAGCCUGUACACAUACAGGCCAGCCUGUAAACAUGCAGGCAGUAAGACACAGUAACUGCUCAUGUAAAGCCCGGCCUCAAGGUGGCAGCAGCUCAGCUAGAACAGUCCAGUCAGCCAGGGCAUCAAGAAGAAGAGACAGCCGUGACAUCACCAGUCCAAAGUCCUCACUGCGUAUGAGCUGGUUCCCGUCCUCUCCUUAACUCUUCCUGUAGUCACCUGCAGGCUGAGAAGACCCGUCUAAACUUCACCUGGAAUGGAACAGCUCUCCAGCUACCUGUGUCGGUACAGGAACUAUAACUUUGCUGUGGGCGUCACCACCGCAGAGUACAUCGAUUCUCUCCAGAGUUUCGAGAUUCGAGACAGUGACGUCUUCCUGGUCACUUACCCCAAGUCAGGGACGAUAUGGACCCAGCGGAUCAUAACGUGUCUGUACGACCUGGAGGAGCAGGUGGAGGAGCAGGUGGAGGAGCAGGUGGAGGAGCAGGUGGAGGAGCAGGUGGAGGAGCAGGUGGAGGAGCCCAACACCCUGGAGAGGAUGCCGUGGCUGGAGUACCGUGAGGGCCGCUCGGACUACGCCCUGAGACCCUCCCCCAGGCUGUUCGCCUCGCACCUCACCCCUGCACUCAUGCCCCCCGGACUGAAGGACAGGAAGGCUAAGAUCAUCUAUGUGAUGAGGAACCCCAAAGACACCCUGGUGUCAUACUACCACUUCUGCUGUGUCUGGGCCCAGCUGGAGACGCCCUCAUCCUUUCAGGACUUUAUGGAGCAGUUUCUGGCAGGGAACGUUGGUGCCGAGUCCUGGUUUGACCACAUCAGAGAAUGGCAUUCCAAGAGAGACCAGUACAACAUCCUCUUCCUGUCUUACGAGGACAUGAUCUUGGACCUGAAGACUGCGGUGACGAAGAUAUGCCGCUUCCUGGGGAAGAAUCUUGACGAGGGCGCAGUGGAGCAGGUAGUGGAGAAGGCUACGUUCAAGAACAUGAAACAGGACCCCAAAGCCAACUACAAGUUCCUGCCAACAGAGAUCAUGAAGGGAGACUUCAUGCGGAAAGGAGAGACAGGAGACUGGAAGACCAUGUUCACCGUGGCCCAGAGUGAGAGGUUUGACCACAUCUUCCAGCAGCAGAUGGGGGAUACGCCCGUCCGGUUCAUCUGGGACACGACAGGGAUGUCCUGAUGAAGAGACCGACUCGACACACCUCACAGUGGGACACAGGGACCCUCACAGUGGGACGCAGGGACCCACCUGGCAGUUAUCUUUGUGAUUCUAAGUUUAUAUGUUUGUAAACAGAAAAAGAGCAGCACAAAGAGACAGUCCUGCUAUUACAACAGAAGUGGGAAUGAAACGAUGAUGUGAAAUAAAACACAGAAGACUCGCAUUCCCUCA